AGUCGUGCAUUGAUGCUGGAACAAAUCACAAGUGUUUAAAUUGUUGUUUAAUUAUUAUAUUUUUUAAAAGAAGAUGUCGGAAAAUCAGACAUGGAGUCUCGAAAUGUCAGAAUUUGCAAGAAAAACUGACAAUCCAUUGAGGAAAAUUUGGGAGAGUCCCAACAAUAUUCCAAAUCCUUUAAUAAAAUUGAUUACGCUGCAAAUUGGCGACCCAACUGUGUUUAAAAAUUUCUUAGCAGCGCCUGAAACUAAAGAAGCAAUCAAAAAAGCACUUGAGCAUGACAAUUUCUCAUACACAGUUAGUCCUGGAUUAGAAUCAUCAAGAGAGGCUGUGGCACAAUAUGUUAACAAAAACUAUGAAAGCUUAACUAUUUUGAAAGAUUUACAACCCCUUACAUCAAAAGACGUCAUAUUAGCUAGUGGCUGUUCAAUGGCACUUGAAAUGUGUUUUCGAGUUCUUGCUAAUCCUGGAGAUAAUAUUUUAUUGCCACAACCAUGCUGGGGAUAUUCAACGUGGAUUGUAGGAUGUGGAAUUGAUGUCCGGUAUUAUAAUUUGGAUCCAAUGAGAGAAUGGGAAGUUGAUCUUGAUCAUCUUGAGUCUAUGAUCAAUGAAAACACAAAAGCAAUUUUAAUAAACAAUCCUGGAAAUCCUUGCGGAAACGUGUAUAGUAAGGAACAUCUGUUGGAUAUUUUAAAAGUUGCAGAACGACACAUGCUUCCUAUCAUUGCUGAUGAAGUUUACGAGUUCUUUACAUUCCCAGGAGUUCAGUUCUAUCCAUUAGCUGCAUUGUCUAAGAAUGUACCAAUAUUAACAUGUUCUGGUUUAACAAAAAGAUUUAUCAUGCCUGCCUCACGAAUGGGAUGGAUUGUAAUAAAUGACAGAAAUAAUGUAUUCAGUGAUGUUAGAAAAGGUCUAUUUAAUAUAGCUGGAAGAAAUUUCUGGCCAAAUAGCACUCUGACGAAAGCACUGCCUGAUAUUUUGAAAAACACGCCUCAGAAAUUUUUCGACGAUAACUCGAGUGCAGUAUACAAUCAUGCAUUAUCAGCAUACAACAUUUUGAAAACAUGUGCCGGAAUUAUUCCAAUAAUGCCAAAAGGUGCAAUGUACUUAAUGGUCAAAAUUGAGCUGGAGAAAUUUCCCAAAAUAGACACAUGCUUUGAUUUCACACAAAAACUACUUAAUGAACUGAGUGUUGGUGUCUUUCCUGGAUUUCCAUGCUUCAAUUUCCCAGGAUUCUUCAGAAUUGUCUUAACAGUACCGGAAGAAAUGAUUAUCGAGGCAUGUGAACGAAUUAAGCAAUUUUGUGAGAAGCACUGCAAAAUAGAUAGUGAGAAAUACUUAAAAAGUGGUUAGACUAGAAUUAAAUUAACUAUAAAGAUCAAUAAUAUGAAUAAAUUUAAUAUCCUUUUACAC